GACGGCGCUGAUCCUGCCGAUCUACUGGAGGCGUUGGCCAUCACGGACGCGCCGAUCGCUGGCGCAACCAUUACCGCGACGUACCAGAAGAUCAUCCGGCACUUGGGAUCGCUCGCUUGCUUGGCCAGCAACUUGUAG